AUGUUCUCUGCCUUGCUGCCCGCGUUCCUUCUUUCUAGUCUCACGCUCGCCGCACCUCAGUGGCCAGGACCAAACUACCAAGGGCACCAGCAGUGUAGUCAGGCUGUUGUUGCGCUCGCUGCUGGCAUUCACCUGAACAUCCAGGGCCAGUAUUCCGAGUUCAAUGGCACGGUCAACCUGAUCAACAUCGAGAGUGCCUCAUCCGUCAACCAGACUGCCUUCUACAUUGCCAAAGGUGAAUUACUUUCGGACAUCCAAGCAGGAAUGAACAUCAGGCUGUUUAACCAGGAGAUCGCGCCUACUGGGAAUGCUGCCAUCGCCGGUCUGGCCAAGUACGAGGCUGCGCAGCAGACGGAGCAAGCGCUUGCCGAGGACCUCACGGGUGUUUAUGCUGUCGAUGUCACCGCGCUGGAUAGCCUCAAGAGCGACAUUACGGCUGGUAUACAGUUGAAUGAGGAGAAUCUGAAGAAUGCCACGCAAGACUGCGUCCUCACUGUGGUCUUUCCACCAGCCAACCUGUCUGCAUGA